GGCGUCCUCCAGAGCAUGGAGAGGCAACGUGAUAUCGCCUUAAAAUGAGCCCCUCUUGGUCUCCGCCAACAACCAACAUCGGUAUCGACUGAUUUCAACAAAUCCUAUUUAUAAAAAAAAAAAAACAGAGUGUUUCGCGAUCGGCUCCCGAAAUGGCUUCGUUUAAACCCACCAAACUCCAAGUCUACCCUAAACUGGGCGAGAAAGUCACACAGGACACACUGUACUGGAAAAACUACAAGGCUCCGGUCCAGAUAAAAGAAUUCGGCGCCAUCACAAGCAUCGACUUCUCCCCGGUGGCGCCGCACAAUUUCGCCGUGACGGCGUUCACGAGAAUCCACAUUUACGGACCCUUCUCCCAGGAGCCUGUGACAACGUUAACGCGCUUUAAGGACACCGCGUACUGUGCGAGGUUCAGGUCGGACGGUCAGCUGCUCGUUGCGGGAUGUGAGGAUGCGGUGGUUCGGCUGUUCGAUGUCAGUGGCAAGGCGGCGCUCAGGAUGUUCAGAGGUCACACAAAGGCUGUCCACGUCUCAGACUUCACCUCCGACCGGUACCAGAUCUUCACCGCGUCCGACGACUACACCUGUCGGCUUUGGGACAUCCCGAACGCCACUGAGCUCAACAGCUACAGAGAACACACAGACUACAUCCGCUGUGGUGUCACGAGCAAACUCAACAGGGAUCUCUUCAUCACUGGAUCCUAUGACCACACGCUGAAAGUGUUUGAUGCCAGAGCAGAUGGGAGUGUGAUGACCAUGGACCACGGCCAGCCAGUGGAGAGCUUGCUUCUCUAUCCCUCCGAGGGACUCCUUGUCUCUGCAGGUGGACGCUACGUGAAAGUGUGGGAUCUGCUAAAAGGCGGCCAGCCCCUGGUGUCGAUGAAGAACCAUCACAAAACUGUCACCAGUUUGUGUCUCAGCAGCAACGGACAGAGACUGCUGUCUGCUUCUCUGGACCGGCACGUGAAGGUGUACAACACCACCAACUACAAAGUGGUCCACAACUUUGACUACGCUGCCUCCAUCCUCAGUGUAGCUCUGGCUCCGAACGACGAGUCCAUCGUCGUGGGCAUGACUAACAGCAUCCUGAGCAUCAAACACAGGAAGAGCCCCGAAGAGUCAACGGGGGUCUCCGGCCAGCAGAGGCGACGGCCGUCGUACCGCGUCUUCGUGAAGGGGAAGACCUACGCCCCCAAGCAGGAUGAUUAUCUCGUCAGCAAGCCAGUGAAACAGCAUUUGGCCAAAUACGACAUACAGCUGAAGACAUUUAAUGUGUCGAAGUCUUUGGAUACGGCUCUAGCGACGUGGGCAAGACUGAGAAAGCCCGAGAUCAUGGUGGCCGUCAUAAAGGAGCUGGAUCGAAGAGGAACGCUGAAGAACGCUCUGGCGGGUCGGGAUGAAGAGUGGCUCGCUCGCUUGCUCAACUUCCUCAUCGGGAACUUGGUGGACCCCCGGUUCGCCCCCGUGCUCACGCCGGCGGCUGAGAUGAUUUUGGACGUCUACCGGCAGGUCGUCGGCCAGUCGCCCAUCGUGGACCGGCAGCUGCUGCGCCUGCAGGAGCUUCUGGAGCGGGAGAUCGACUACCAGCAGGACCUCAUGGAGGUGCUGGGCAUGUUGGACACCCUGUUCGCCUCUUCCCUGCCCAGGAUGAAGGUGCCGCAUCCCGCUGCCACCAGGGCUAACGGCCUGGCCCAGAGAGAGGCGAGUACCUCGAGACCACAGCUUAAGGCCACCUGAGGCCUGUGGGUGGGAGGGCAGCUUCAGACUUGAGUUGGAGUGUCUUUCGCAACUCUAAACCCUCUUUUUUCCAAACAAUUGGACACACACCUCCUGUCACGACGGGGUCAACCAGACGGUGAACAUUUUGGGACAUGUUUUUAAGAGACGGACAAACCCAUCAAUCUGGCUGGUUUAACUCCGGCACAACUGGCACAAAAAAGAGGACAAUGCAUUUAUCGUGUGAAGACUGAGUGAAAGGGAAGUGUUUUUAUUGGACGUCUUGUAAUUACACUUUCUAAAUGUAAAUGUUUGUGCGAGUGUUUGUGUUUCGAAUGAUUUAACUGUCGGCGUCUGCUUCUGCGUUUUCCUAAUAUUUUGACAUUGGCAAAUGUUUCAUAAGCAGAUGUAAAUAAAUCUUUGUAAUAUUGAAAACGA